GUCUCCUUUGUUCGCCCUCGUUGCGCAGUAGUGCGAGUGGCUUCUCGCUUCCUUUCUCGGGAUCGACCACCCUCCCGCGUGCUGAGCUGCUAGGAAGCCGCGAUCGGCGAGCUCGUAGGAGCUUGAAACAGUUGCCACCCCUCCGACUUUCACCAGAGGGAAAAAAUGGUUGAAGCAGAUCGCCCAGGAAAGCUCUUCAUCGGUGGCCUCAAUACAGAAACAAAUGAGAAAGCUCUUGAAGCAGUAUUUGGCAAAUAUGGACGAAUAGUGGAAGUUCUCUUGAUGAAAGAUCGUGAAACCAACAAAUCUAGAGGAUUUGCUUUUGUCACCUUCGAAAGCCCAGCAGAUGCUAAGGAUGCAGCGAGAGACAUGAAUGGAAAGUCCUUAGAUGGAAAAGCCAUCAAGGUAGAACAAGCCACUAAACCAUCAUUUGAAAGUGGUAGACGUGGACCACCUCCACCUCCAAGAAGCAGAGGCCCUCCAAGAGGCCUUAGAGGCGGAAGAGGAGGAAGUGGAGGAACCAGGGGACCUCCCUCACGUGGAGGGCACAUGGACGACGGUGGUUAUUCCAUGAAUUUUAACAUGAGUUCUUCCAGGGGACCACUUCCAGUAAAAAGAGGACCACCACCACGAAGUGGGGGUCCUCCUCCUAAAAGAUCUGCCCCUUCAGGACCAGUUCGCAGCAGCAGUGGAAUGGGAGGAAGAGCUCCUGUAUCACGUGGAAGAGAUAGUUAUGGAGGUCCACCUCGAAGGGAACCCCUGCCCUCUCGUAGAGAUGUUUAUUUGUCCCCAAGAGAUGAUGGAUAUUCUACUAAAGACAGCUAUUCAAGCAGAGAUUACCCAAGUUCUCGUGAUACAAGAGAUUAUGCACCACCACCAAGAGAUUAUACUUACCGUGAUUAUGGUCAUUCCAGUUCACGUGAUGACUAUCCAUCCAGAGGCUAUAGUGAUAGAGAUGGCUAUGGUCGUGAUCGUGACUAUUCAGAUCAUCCAAGUGGAGGUUCCUACAGAGAUUCAUAUGAGAGUUAUGGUAACUCACGUAGUGCUCCACCUACACGAGGGCCCCCGCCAUCUUAUGGUGGAAGCAGUCGCUAUGAUGAUUACAGCAGCUCACGUGACGGAUAUGGUGGAAGUCGAGACAGUUACUCAAGCAGCCGAAGUGAUCUCUACUCAAGUGGUCGUGAUCGGGUUGGCAGACAAGAAAGAGGGCUUCCCCCUUCUAUGGAAAGGGGGUACCCUCCUCCACGAGAUUCCUACAGCAGUUCAAGCCGCGGAGCACCAAGAGGUGGUGGCCGUGGAGGAAGCCGAUCUGAUAGAGGGGGAGGCAGAAGCAGAUAUUAAAAACAAACAAAACUUUGGACCAAAAUCCCUGUUCAAAGAAACAAACAAAAGUGGAACCUAUUCUAUCAUAACUACCCAAGGACUACUAAAAGGAAAGAUUGUGUUACCUUUUUUAAAUUUCCUGUUAAGUUCCCCUUCCAUAAUUUUUAUGUUCUUGUGAGGAAAAAGAGUAAAACAUGUUUAAUCUUUGAUUUUAUGAAAUUGCUUUCAACGAGCAAAUGUUAAGUGUGUUAAGACUUGACAUGUGUACUAGUAUUGUAAUUUUCCAAGUAAAAGUGUCCCUAAAGGCCACUUUCUAUGAAUUUUUCCCCAGUAAAUGAUGAGGCAAGCAAUUCUAAGAUCUUUCACAAAAUAUCUAUUCAUCUAAAAUGGAGAGAUGACUCCUCCUGCCUAUACAAACAAGCUAGCUAUUAGAGGGUGGUUCGGGGUAUGCUACUCUUAGGAUUUCAGAGUGUCUUCAAACUGAAAUCUCAAUGUUCUCAGUAUGAAAAACCUGAGAUCAGAUGCUUAUAUUGUAAGGAAAAUGCUAUUCGCCCAGUAAACCCAAAAAAGCAAAUGGAUAGUGCUGGCCAUAUUUUGCUUUUCUGACAUUUCCUUGGGAAUCUACAAGAACCUCCCCUUUCCCCCUCCCCAAUAAGACCAUUUAAGUGUGUGUUAAGCAACUACAGAAUACUAAAUAAAAAGUUUGGCCAAAACCAACCAUGAAGCUGCAAACGAUGCUUGCUCUUACUGUUUCAAAUUUUUGCAACUCUGUAGUGUCUCACUUUUAAGGAACAGCUUGAUUGCAAAGGAGAAAAUAGAUAAGCAAUGAAGUUAUCUCCAACUUCUCAAAGGCUUAUGACUUCUAAAAAGUGAAUCUAUCAGCAUUCCACAUCAGAUUUAAAGCAUCAAAUGCCUGUGAAACAGCAAAGAUGGUUGAGAAUUUUGGUCAUGGUCAUGAUGGUCAUGGAGUGCUGAUUGAUUCACAAUAGAUAAAGCUGGCAGCAAGAGAAAUGCAAUGCUAAGAGUUGUUGAAGCAGAAGAAUGCUGAUUGUCCUUAAGGCACAACAGUUGCAUAAGCAGUACUCAUCAGAAUUGGUUUGGUGCAGACAAGAUUUUUGCCUUCCAGGGUUCCUGUGGAUCUAAGGAAGGCAUCAACGUUGGUUAGCACUUGUAACUAGGGAGUGGCAGUUACUUAAAAUAAGUAAUUGACCAGAUGGAGAAAGGGGAGCAAUUAAAGAAAUUGGUAAGUGGAGGUAGUCAGGAAGUUUUCAUGGUUCUUUAUGUAGAUCUUACAGCUUUGACUUUCAUUUCCUUUAGCCAAAGUCAUAGGGACAACUGCAAUUUAGAACUUCCUAAUUACCACUGAUUGUCAGAAAGUCGGAUUAGAAAAAUGAAAGGCAUAAGAGGUGACUUUAUCCAGUAAAGUGUCUGAUUUUCAGCAGGUAAAAUAUUUCUUGGUGUUAGUUUAUCCAGGAGUGAGAUUUAGUCUUAAAACUAAAGGGAAGACUAAUAUCUGGAAACUAAAGUAACUGGAAACAUAAAAUGCUCAAAAGCACACUUCUUAAAAACUGGAAACAAAAUUGGGCCAUUUGGCUUUUGCUAUUUUUUUUAAGUUAUUUUGUAAGCCUACUUUACCCCUCACCCCACUUCAUAUCUUAGAAACAAAUCAAGAUACAGUACAGCUUUGUCAUUUAUUGCAUUGGAGACUAGAGCCAAUAGUGUAAAAGCUAAUGUUCUCAAAGGAAACAGAUUUGAGUUGUUGGAUUAGGAGAAACCAACUCACCUUCUGAAUUUUUGCCUAGUAAAUAUCAGUACUAUCAUGUUUAACAUUUGCAAUCAUGGAAAAUAAUCAAGAAAUUUAACCCUCAUUUUGAUGGGCUCUUCUAAUCACAGACCAUCAGGGUAUUGAUCAAAUUUAAAAAACCACUGCACUUACAUAGCUGUCUUCCUCAGUCAUUCUGUAAUCUAAGUACUUGGGUUUAUGCUUCCGUGGACCUUUUGGCUCUUGAGAUUUUAUUUAGGUUAUCUUGAAGAUAAGUGUAGAACAUAGAGAUUAAUCAUAGUAAACAUGAAUACUAAAUUGAAGAACGCUUAAUGACCAGACAGCUGUUUGGCAAAUAGUUUGUUGACCCGGCAGAUUUAAUUCUGCUCCUGUUGGAAAAAGAAUCUGUCUUGAUUCUUCUGGCUUUAUACUGGUUGUAAAAGAAACAGAAUAACAUGUUUUUCUUGUUUAACUGGUAGUUGAAUAUAGAACUUAGGUAUAAUGGUUUUUCUCUUUUUGGAAUGUUUUGUAUUUGAACCUUAAUAAAACUUAACAUGCA